UAAUUUUAUAAACGGGGCCCGCUGAGUCGCUACGUGUUCAGUUUUUGAUCGAGGAUCGCCUGUGUUGUUUCGAGUAUUUUCGUAUAUCGUACAGUGUUCAAAAUGAGUAACAUCGAGCUUGCCACCGAAGACAAACUUGAGUAUUGCUUCUUCCCCAACGACUCUGGUCUGGUGCAGUUUAGAGUCAAAGCGCCGCAUGAUGCCCACAUUGCGCUGAGCAAUGAAGCAGCUGAAGUGGACCCCAUGUAUGAAGUGUUCCUUGGAGGAUGGGGCAAUUCGAAAUCGAUUAUCCGCAAAAACCGAACGAAACCAGAGGUGGCUGAAGCGCCAACACCCAACAUUCUAAGCGACGGCGAAUUUCGCGGCUUCUGGAUCAGAUGGGAUGACGGAACCAUCACGGUAGGCCGAGAAGGCGAUCCAGCCCCAUUCCUCUCAUGGGCUGAUCCAGAAAGGGUGCGCAUUGAGUACAUUGGCGUGUGCACUGGAUGGGGCGCCAGCGGAAACUGGGUGAUCCAACCACCAGAAAGCUCAAGAGGAGCGAGAUCUGCUGGAGUGGCAGGCGGGCAAUGUUGGGUGGCUGCCAGCUCGGGCCAAGUGCCUCCAAGUGCAUUUGCAGGCGGAGAAGACAACGGCGAGUCGAUUUAUGUGAUCAGGGCGAACUUCAACGGAGGCCUCAUUCCAGGAAAGUUAAUCCCCAGCCAUGGGCAGGCUUAUGUGGCUUGGGGCGGCGCCGAGAACCCCAUUCAGGAGUACGAGGUUUUGUGCGAUUUUCCUGGCCAAUGGCAGGCUUCCUCCGGCGGCAGCCUACCACCCAGCGCCGUUCCUGCGGGCCAAUCAGAAGACGGCGAAACUCUCUAUGUGGGCAGGGUUGUCCACGAUGGGGCCCUUACCAUCGGUAAGGUGCAACCCAGCCACGGGGUGGUUUACAUCCCUUAUGGCGGUCAGGAACUGUCUUUCCCCGACUACGAGGUUUUGUGCUCGUAAAUACCGCUUCUGAACUGAUCACUUUUACGCUACUUAGGGAUGUUAUGUUGAUGAUAGCGGCCUAGUUUAGGGCAUUUUACAUAAUAGAGGCGCACAAAGCGGGCUAAAAACCUGAGAAAAUGUAUUCAUAUACUUAACCUAAAACUAAAACCGUUGCACGUCAUCAACCGUCAAACUGGCCCUGUUGCCAAGUUGUCAUGAAAAUCUAGAUCUAGUUUUAGAUCAAUAAUAAUCGCUAAUAGUAAAAUAACUUUGAAUACUUUGAUCACUUUUGGAGACUCUCAAAGACUCAACGCUAACAAAUACGAUUGAGAUAUGGGAAAAUUAGCAAAAGUUUAUAGGCAAAAAUAAAAGCUAUUCGAUAAAUCAAA